AUGGACCAAAAGAAGGCGUACAUAACCUGCCUAGCAUCAUAUUCGAUUUAUACCAUUUCAGAUUCCCAGUAUGAUGAAAUGCUGCUUGUCAAAUCCACCCAUGCGGCAACUUUGCAAAAUUCAUCAUUAAAUGGAGAGAAAGUACUUGUGAUUUCUGCUCAACAAUUAAAGUUAAAGUAUCAUACUGUUAGGAUUCCUCCAGGUGGAGCAUGGUUAAAAUGCGCCGAAUCUCCACAAAUGAUUAGCUACGCUAUAGAAUUGACUAGUGUAACUACCUCAUUAGAUCCAACCUAUUAUGGUGGUGAAUAUUACAAAAUAAAUAAUUACAAACCUACUGAGGUAGGCUAUGGAUUCUAUGCUGAGGUUACCGAUUUAAAGAAAUAUAUUAUAUCAUCAGUAUGUGGAGAAUUCGGUCCAGGAGCUACGGUUGCUUGUGCGAGAGAAGGUCCAAUUAACGCGCGCGGAAUUUGGUGUUUAGCUAUAUCUAACCCAUUUAUCAAUAACCAAAAUGUUAAAGUUGUUGUUUCGUUUACUCAAAGUGUAUUUGUUGAAGGUUCAUAUAGGAAGGAUCCUGACCAAAAUGAUACCACCGUACAAGAUAACCUUUCGUUCAUCAAAGCUCCUUACAAGAACAAAAAGAGAAAUUUUGGACGUAAUAAAACAUUUCGUCUCGAUAGCUCUUUUUAA